AAAUCACAAUCUAAUGUUACUAUUUCCUAUUUCGUAUUAUAUGUGUCUAUAUAUGUAAUUGUAAUACUACAAUUAUUAUAGGUAUUGUUUAUAUAAUCAAUGGUAUUAGGUAAUAAUGUUGUUAUAAACUAUAAAUGCUACGAGCUACAAGGCUACAAGCCUACUAUUUACUAUUUAGUACAGUUGUUUUUAUGCAACAAGUGGAGAUUGGAGUAUCUUUGUUUUAGUUUUUGCUACACAAAUAACAAUGUCUGUUCAUAUGAGGAUAUAAUAUUUGUAUUUUGUAGGUCAUUGUCAUUGGACGCUGAUCACCUAAUUUCAGACAAAUUCAAAUACAGUAUAUUGUUGAAUCAUUGUGCUGACACGCAAGUACACAAGUCUUGAGCUCUAAUACUAUAGCUAAAAAUAUUUUAAAAACAUAACCAUCUUCUACAUUAUAAUGUUGAACACAGGAAAAUUAUCUGGACUGACUUUGUUCAUUACUGGAGGUAGUCGGGGUAUUGGCAAGGCAAUAGCCUUAAAAGCAGCUAGGGAUGGUGCUAACAUUGUUAUUGCUGCCAAAACUGCUGAGCCACAUCCAAAAUUACCAGGAACUAUAUACACAGCUGCUAAAGAAAUUGAAGAAGCCGGAGGAAAAUGUUUACCAUGUGUAGUUGAUGUAAGAGAUGAAAGUCAAAUAUCAGAUGCUGUUAAUAAAUCAAUUAGUAAAUUUGGAGGUAUCGAUAUAGUUGUUAACAAUGCAAGUGCGAUUUCAUUGACUCCUACAUUAGAUACAGAGAUGAAGAGAUAUGAUUUGAUGCAUAAUAUCAACACAAGAGGAACAUUUUUAGUGUCAAAGAUGUGUAUACCUCAUCUGAGAAAAAGCAAACAUGCACAUAUCUUAAACAUUAGUCCUCCAUUAAACAUGAAUCCUAAUUGGUUUAGAGACCAUGUUGCUUAUACAAUGGCUAAAUAUGGAAUGUCAAUGUGUGUGUUAGGAAUGGCUGCUGAGCUUAAAUCAGAUAAUAUUGCUGUGAAUGCUCUAUGGCCAAGAACUGCAAUAUACACUGCGGCUGUUGAAAUGUUAUCUGGAUCUACUGAAGCAAAAAAGUUAUCUCGUAACCCAGAAAUUAUGGCAGAUGCCGCUUAUGCUGUACUUAGUAGGUCUGUUCAAAAUUGUACUGGACAGUUUCUAGUCGACGAUGAAGUAUUACGACAAGAAGGAAUCACUGAUUUUGACCAAUAUGCCAGUGAUCCAACCUAUAAAGGAGAUUUAAUGAUGGACUUCUUCUUGGAUGAAUCACCUCAUGAUGGUUUCAAUCAAGGAAAAGAAAAAUCUCAAAAAGCUAAAAAAUUAGAUGGAAAAGAUAAUAUUGAGGGUAUAUUCACAAAAAUCAAUUCACAUCUGACUCCAGAAAUAGCCAAAGGAACAAAUGCCUGUUUCUUAUUUGUAGUAAAAGGAGACGAGGAUAGAACUUACUAUGUAGAUCUAACUGGAAAUGGUGCAGCUGGAAAAGGUAAACCAACUACAAAACCAGAUGCCACUUUAACCAUGGAAGCUGAUAAAAUAGAAGAAUUAUUUGAUGGAAAGCUAAAAGCUGGCGACGCUUAUAUGUCUGGAAAACUUAAGAUCAGCGGCAGUUUAAUGAAAGCAAUGAAAUUGGAGAAACUUAUGAAAUUAUUAAAAGCUAAAUAUUAAGUUUUUUAAUCAUGUAAAAAGUAUGUAUACCACUUUUGAGGAAUUGAUUUGUAUUUCAACUUAAUGUUAUGUUGAGAAAAAAAACUUGUGGUAUUAUUAAACAGUUAAAAAAUAACCAUCGUUUCACCUAAUUUCAAUAUUUUUAUAAUCGUGUGCUUUUUUAUAAAAUAAAUAUAUGUCAAGUUA